UCAAAACAGAUGAUCAAUGUGCUGCUGCUGCUCCUAUUACAUUUUCAGAGGAUGGUGAUGCAUCAUGGCUUCAACAGUCUGAAUCUGCUCAUUCAGUGGAGAAAGUAUAAUCUAGAUCCCUAGCAAAUAUUACAGUCACUGAGAAAGAUGAGAUGCAAUCCCUAAUCAAGGAGGAACAGCAUGUGGAUAUGCCUGCGAGAAUAGACACGCCAAUUUCGCCAGAAUGCAAUAUAAAUAACCAGCCUGGUCUUAAAGUGGACAUGGUGUUUGAUAAGGAGUGGAGCCAAAGCCUGUGGGGUGAUGGAGGGGCUUUCAAGGAGGAGGAUGACUCUUCAGGCCUGGUGGAUGAAGACACACAAGGUCCAUUGGCUAUCCAUCGGCUGUCGCCCUUUGCUUCCAACCCUGAGAUAACUUUAACAACUAAUACAGAGAUGCAGAUGUUAAGACCAUCUAGAAAAAGACAGUAUACAACUAGUGGCUUAAAUGAUUCCAGUGAUGACACAGAUCAUACACACAGUAAUGUGGAUGAUGCACCCAACCGCAUUCCCUCAAAUGACUCAGAUAGCAGUGAACCUCGACACUCCAUGGCCCAGAACCCGCAGGGAUUAACCCUUUCUCCUCUUAAAAGACAAGCCAAACAUUCAGGAACAAAACCUUCACUUCAAAUAAUGCCAUUGCAAAAAUGCAAAUCGUAUAACAAAAAACAGUAUUGCUUUUAUUGCUUCAAACCAUAUUCGAAAAUGGCAAGACAUCUAGAACUUGUCCAUUGCAAUGAAAUGGAGGUCGCAAAGGCAGUAUGUUUCCCAAAACGAUCCAAAGAAAGACAAAUCCAGUUAAACUUACUUAGAAAAAGGGGUAACUUUGCUCACAACGCGGAUGUGGUCAGAAAAGGAUAUGGGGAGAUGAUCGCCUGUUACCGACCAAAAGAAAGCAAAGAAGCUAAGGAUUUCAUUCAUUGCUGUCACUGCCAAGGCCUUUACAACAAGAGGAGCCUUUGGAAACAUGUGAGAAACUGCCCACUCAAACCCAAAAUGGAUGGUGAGUCCCAAGGCAGAAAGGGAGUCCGAUCCAUGUGUGCUCUUACCACGCCGGUGGGUUUGGAGAUUAGCGAUGGAAUGAAGAAAGUCCUACGCCAGAUGAAUUAUGAUGAAGUCUCCCGAAUUGUGCAGAGUGACAAAUGCAUCAUGCAACUGGGACAGCACAUGUUCAACAGGAUGGGUUCUGAUGUGGGCAAACAUGACUACAUAAGACAGAAGAUGAGAGAAGCUGGCAGACUCCUACUUGAAGCCAGGAAGAUCACCCCGAUUAAGGCAAUGGAGGAGAUGAUCAUACCGUCCAACUUUCCUCAUGUCAUAUCAGCAAUGAAGGUUGUGGCAGGGUACAAUGCAGAGAACAACUCCUUCCGCAUUCCUUCACUGGCUCUCAAACUUGGCCAUUCUAUACAGAAGAUCUGUAGUAUUGUUGAAAGCAAUUCUAUGAUGAAUGGAGACCACCAGCUUGCUGACUAUGCUCGGGAUUUCAGGAAGACACACCAGGCAAAGUGGAAUGAAUUCAUCUCUGCAGGUGCUAUUACUACAUUCAAAGAGGCAAAUUGGACUAUCCCACAGGUUAUUCCAUUAACCCAGGAGGAGAGAAGCGUAAGACAGGACGGGGCAUCGAGACAGGAGGAGGCGGCUCCUCCUGCUCCUGUCCUGCUCCAGAGGCGGAGCCUUCGCCAAAGCCAACGUGUCCCCCCUCACCCCCUUGGGUGUCCCUGAUGGUGCGGUUGGGUGUGUGUGUGUGUGUGUGUGUGUGUGUGUGUGUGUGUGUGUGUGUGUGUGUGGGGGGGG